GACGCCCACCUCCCGCCCACGUUCUUUGACCCGGAAGUGGUUGUCCGCUUCCUCCUUUCCCUCAGCGGUUGGGAAGGCGGAGAAGGACGGCCCGGUCUGGCCCAGCAUGCCCUGGGCUUCCGGUGACCUCUGGCCCUUUUCUGUCGUCCGCUUUCGCUGCCUGGCGUGCUCGCUCCCUCGCUCGCAGCCUCCUCUCCUCGCCUUCCUCCCGUCCUCCCUUCCUCCCUCCCGUCUUCCUUCCUCACGCGGCCCGGUGACUGUGGCGACCCUCGGAGAGGCGGCGGCGGCGGAGGACGCUCGUCAUGGCCGCCUCUAAACCCAUGGAGGCGGCGGUGGUGGCGGCGGCCGUGGCGGCGCCGGGGUCGGCGGGGAGCGGGGUGGGCGGCGGCAGCGCGACGGCGGCGGGCCCGAGCGCGGGGGGCCUGCCGCGAUGGCAGCUGGCGCUGGCGGUCGGGGCGCCCCUGCUGCUGGGCGCCGGGGCCAUGUACCUGUGGAGCCGGCCGCGGCGGCGCCGGGAGGCGGGGGGCCGCGGCGACUGCGGCAGCCUGAAGCGCAACAGCGAGCGGAAGACCCCGGAGGGCCGAGCCAGCCCGGCGCCGGGCAGCGGACACCCCGAAGGCCCCGGUGCGCACCUGGAAAUGAACUCUCUUGAUAGAGCCCAAGCAGCCAAGAACAAAGGCAACAAAUACUUUAAAGCAGGAAAGUAUGAACAAGCUAUUCAGUGCUACACUGAAGCUAUCAGCUUAUGUCCUACAGAGAAGAAUGUUGACCUUUCUACAUUUUAUCAAAACAGAGCUGCUGCUUUUGAACAAUUGCAAAAAUGGAAAGAGGUCGCACAAGAUUGUACAAAGGCUGUUGAACUUAAUCCCAAAUAUGUGAAAGCACUCUUUAGACGUGCAAAAGCCCAUGAGAAGCUAGACAAUAAGAAGGAAUGUUUAGAAGAUGUCACUGCUGUGUGUAUAUUAGAAGGGUUCCAAAAUCAACAAAGUAUGCUGUUAGCUGAUAAAGUUCUUAAACUUCUUGGGAAAGAAAAAGCCAAAGAAAAAUACAAGAAUCGUGAACCUCUGAUGCCAUCUCCACAGUUUAUCAAAUCAUACUUCAGUUCCUUCACAGAUGAUAUAAUUUCUCAGCCCAUGCUUAAAGGAGAGAAGUCUGAUGAAGAUAAAGAUAAGGAAGGGGAGGCUUUAGAAGUAAAAGAAAAUUCUGGAUAUUUAAAGGCCAAACAGUACAUGGACGAGGAAAACUACGAUAAAAUUAUAAGUGAAUGUUCGAAAGAGAUAGAUACUCAAGGCAAAUAUAUGGCAGAAGCAUUACUACUAAGAGCCACCUUCUACCUGCUUAUUGGCAAUGCUAAUGCAGCCAAACCAGAUUUAGAUAAGGUCAUCAGCUUGAAAGAAGCUAAUGUGAAGCUUCGAGCCAAUGCACUCAUCAAGAGAGGCAGCAUGUACAUGCAGCAGCAGCAGCCCGUGCUGUCUACUCAGGAUUUUAACAUGGCUGCUGACAUUGACCCUCAGAAUGCAGAUGUUUACCACCACCGAGGACAGCUGAAAAUACUGCUUGAUCAAGUUGAAGAAGCAGUGGCAGAUUUUGAUGAAUGUAUUAGGUUAAGACCUGAGUCUGCUCUGGCACAAGCUCAGAAAUGUUUUGCACUGUAUCGCCAGGCGUACACAGGAAACAAUUCUUCACAAAUCCAAGCAGCUAUGAAAGGUUUUGAAGAGGUCAUAAAAAAAUUUCCAAGGUGCGCUGAAGGCUAUGCACUAUAUGCUCAGGCAUUAACAGACCAACAACAAUUUGGUAAAGCCGAUGAAAUGUAUGAUAAAUGCAUUGAUUUGGAACCAGAUAAUGCCACAACUUACGUUCAUAAAGGUUUACUUCAACUUCAGUGGAAGCAAGAUCUGGAUAAAGGUUUGGAGCUGAUCAGCAAAGCAAUUGAAAUUGACAAUAAGUGUGAUUUUGCAUAUGAAACCAUGGGAACUAUUGAAGUGCAAAGAGGAAACAUGGAAAAAGCCAUUGACAUGUUUAACAAAGCUAUUAACCUGGCCAAAUCAGAGAUGGAGAUGGCUCAUCUAUACUCUCUCUGUGAUGCUGCUCAUGCCCAGACAGAAGUUGCAAAAAAAUACGGAUUAAAACCACCAACAUUAUAAAAUAGGGAGAAGGAAAAUUUCCCUAUUUUUAGGAGUUUACCCUCUCUUCAACUGAACCCUAAAGACACUGUCAUGAACUGUGUUGAAUGGUGGGACUUAGUAUUUCCGUUUUGUGCUGUUGUCAUUCGUUACAUCUGUUCUCAUGUUUAGGUGUUGUGGGAGUGGCUGUUGAAGGAAGUUUGCAAUUUUGCAGCUUUUAUUCCUUGUGCAACAAAAGCUUAGAACUUGUUAAAGGGAUAUUAAAAUAAAGUUGCAGAGUAUAAAUGAUAAUUGGCCAUGCGAAUAAAAACUUUGAUUUGUU